GACCAUCUCAAGCGUAGAGAGAGAGAGAGAGAGAGAGAGAGAGAGGAAGAGAGAUGGAACCUCCGAGGCAGCUGCCGGAACAGGCUGCGCCGAUCUUCAGGGAAGGCAUAGCGCUGACGCUCUCCAGGUGGUCGGCUCUUCAGAUGGCGGUCGACAACGAGUGGGGCGGCCCCAACUCGCGGCAGAGGGCCGAUGAGCUCGGUCACGAGAUCUUCGCCUGGUUCACGCAAUCGAAAGAACCGCUUUACUUUGACGAUUUGGAAGAUCUUCUGCACGACGCCAUGAUUUCUCUGAACACUGUGGCCGAAGAUGGCAGUGUCGAGGAGGUAGCGGAGAAGUUAUUGAUCAUGCAUGAAGAAUGUCUGGAAGGGAACUUCACAGCUAUUGAGAAACUAAGGGAGGCUUCUUUGAAGAGGGUAGCACCUGCGCAUAUCAAGCAGGUUGUUGAAGGAGAAGAAGAAGAAGAAGACAGCGAUAGUGAAGACAUGAUGGACGAUUCGCCAUACAUGAUGGUGGAUGCACCAAAAGCUCAGCCGAGCCCAACUGCAGUCAACAAAGCUGGAGACGAGGGGAGGCCACCUCAGACAGCUGAUUCAGAUGGAUGGACAGUGGUUAGUUCAAGAAAAAGUAGGGCUAAAAAGUUGUAACACCGACCUUGUCUAAGGUUCUGCGAGUAUGUAUGGUGUAGUUUGUUGCUACUUCUCUUCUUGCCAAGUUCAAAAGUGAUCAUUAAGGGUUGAUGUUUCUUAUUAACAUUGGAGAGAUUCUACGGCGCAAACUGGUGCCAGCACAAACCGGAAUUUUUUAUCCUCCACUUGGAAGCUCUCUCCCCCUCAAUUCAUUUUCA